AUGUCUGAAAUCGAUCUGCUUCUCGAGCCUGAGCACUACGAUGCAUGCAUUGCGAAGGGAAGGCGGCUUUGCGAGCGUCUGGAAACGCCCGACUCCACACCUCCUCCGGACGGCCCCUCCUUGGAUAGUUAUGACGUCCUCGGAGGGAUGCUCUCCUGUCCCGAUGAGGCGUUGAAGAUCGGUCUUGCGGAUCUGGGAAUUGGGUCGCAGUUCGAGGGUACAGGGUAUAUACUGAGUCCGAUGACGGAUUUUAUGCGAUUUUGGGCAGCACGAAUGGGGCUAGGCAACCUUCGCAUGCUCCUCGACCAUAAAGCCGGCAUUGGAUUUCGAAUUAUUGAGAAAGUCGUUGUGUUCGAGUGCCGAUCCGAUGGCGAUGAGGAUGAGGAGUUGAAGGCACGCAGCUUCGCUGUGUUGCUCUCCGACCCUCGAGAUUUACAGAGACGAGUGGCGCAGGUCACACAAGAAAGAGAAAAAACCGAUUCAUGA